AUGAACGACGAUGAUAAGAAUUCAUCAGUACGCGUUGCCGUCAGAAUCCGGCCGCAAAUCCCUCGUGAAAUAAUUGACAUGUGUCGCAUCUGUACAUUUGUUACACCCGGUGAACCACAAGUUGUUCUAGGAACAGAUAAAGCAUUUACAUUCGAUUAUGUAUUUGACACUAUAUCGGAGCAGGCUUCAAUAUACGAAACAUGUGUAGAGAAUUUGGUCACUGGUGCUUUAAAAGGCUACAAUGCCACCGUGUUAGCUUAUGGACAGACUGGAAGUGGCAAAACAUACACAAUGGGAACGGGAUUUGAUAGGGAUUUAAUUGAAUGUCAUGAGGGUAUUAUACCGAGGGCUGUACGACAUAUAUUUUCUGGUAUACAAGCAAUACAGGAAAAUCCAUACGAUGAAGAUGGAACUUACUUAGGGAGUGUUCAAUUUGGUGUUGCAGCACAAUUUAUGGAGCUUUAUAAUGAAGAAAUUAUUGAUCUACUGGAUCCAUAUAGUAAAGGAAAAAUAUUAAAAAUUCAUGAGGAUACAUAUGGAAGUAUAUCAGUGACUGGCGUGACAAUAAGACCACUGAAAGGACCACAGGAUGCUUUAAAUUGUCUACAACAAGGAGCAAUAGCAAGAACUACAGCAUCAACAAAUAUGAAUGAAUCAAGUUCUCGAUCUCAUGCUAUUUUCACAAUUCUCAUAAGACGACAACGUGUCAUGUCAUCGGAUGAGUGUCCUGAUGGUGAUGACCUUGAAACGCUCACAUCAAAAUUUCAUUUUGUUGAUCUUGCCGGAAGUGAGAGACUUAAAAGGACAGGUGCGACAGGUGAACGUGCACGUGAAGGUAUCUCAAUCAAUUGUGGACUGUUGGCACUAGGAAAUGUGAUAUCCGCUUUAGGUGAUAUGACAAAGAAAGCUUCACAUGUACCAUAUCGUGAUUCUAAAUUAACUCGAUUGCUGCAAGAUUCUCUCGGUGGUAAUUCACAAACAUGUAUGAUUGCGUGUGUAAGUCCAUCGGAUCAGAAUUUUAUGGAAACACUGAACACGCUUAAAUACGCAAAUCGAGCAAGAAACAUAAAGAAUCGUGUACAGUUGAAUCAGGAUCAAAGUUCAAGAACAAUUUCACAGUUGCGUAGAGAAAUAGCCGCACUUCAAUUAGAGCUAUUAGAAUACAAGCAAGGCAAGAGAUGCGUUGAUGAGGAAGGCAAUGCAGCCAUUUCAGAUACAUCACUAGAGAAUGCAAUGCUUUUAGCUGAUAAUAAAAGAUUGCAACAACGACUGAAAGCCAUGCAAGAGACAAUAAAUGCAUUAACGGACAGAAAUGUGGAAUUGCUGGCGGAGAAAGCAAUAACGGGAUGGAGCGGCAACGAUGAGAAUGACCGUUCAAUGACUGAAGUUAUAUCAAAUUAUAUUUCUGAAAUUGAAAAGCUUAAAGCGAAGUUAAUUGAAUCGGAACAAAUGUUUUUGCAGUUGAAGAAGACUCAAUCUAUUCCAUCUAAAAAUGCCUUAAAAUCAAAUAGUUAUCUUGGUGAAAUAGCAGAAAAUCCAUCGACUCUUAUCAAUCUCGCAAAACGUGAAUUGGAGCGUGAACGUGAGAUUUUAAUGAGUAAAUCCCUACCCGGUAUUAGUGAAGGUGAAUCUCAGGAAAGAAAUUCACAGGAAAAUGAAAGCGAGAGUGAGGAGAGUGAUACGGAAAGUGAUGAUAAAGCAACAGAGCUUCAAGCUGAAAUAAACGAUAUCCAAUCUGACAUUGAGAUUAAGACGAAAUUGAUUGAGCAAUUGGAACUUUCGCAACAACGAAUGCAGAUUAUGAAGCAACAUUAUGAGGAGAAGCUGAAUGUAUUAUCAACAAAGAUUACUAAUACGCAAAAGGAGAGGGAUCAAGUGUUGGCAAAUAUAGGACGUUCCGACGUGGCUGAUCAGUCAGGUAGAAUAAAAAAGGUUCGUGAUGAAUACGAGAGGAAAUUAUUGGACAUGCAAAAAGAAUUAAAAAGACUACAACAAGCACAAAAGGAGCAUAUAAGACAACAACGUGAAUUACAAGCACAAGAUAGUCAAUUAAAAAGUUUACGACAAGAGCUGACUGACCUGAAGCAAAUAAAAAUAAAAUUAAUGCGAAAGAUGACUGAGGAUAAUACACGCCAUAAAGAGGAAGAUGCAAAACGUGUCCGAGAAAUUGCUCAGUUGCGGAAAGAGGCCCGUAAACAAAGCAGUAUGAUAAAGUCACUUCAAGGCUCUGUCGCUGCAAAAGAUCAAGUCUUGAAGCGAAAAACGGAAGAAGUUUCAGCUUUAAGGAAGGUUCAGAAAAGUAAUAAGUUAAGUACUAAAGCACAAGGUCGUGUGCCAUUGAAAAAGACGAUUAAUGGAAAUGAAAACUUCCAUCCGCGACAUGCACGUGUAAAGUGGGAUACUCUCCAGAGGACAAUCGGUAAAUCUGCACGAAGUAAGCAAGCUGUGAUUGAGUUGGAACGUGAAUUGGAGAGAUUGCUACAGGAACGAGAUCAGUUGAAUAAAGAAUUGUCAGGAAUAAGAAAACGUCAAAAGUUUCAAGACUCUAUGGAGCUUGCAUCGGAAGAGGACAGUGUACAAGCAAAUCUCAAUUAUAUCCAAGAGAAUAUCGAGCAAGUACAGAAUUCAAUUAUGGAAUUAGAGGAGGGAAAGGAGUCUGAGCAUGAACAGCUUUCAUUGCAAAAUCUCUUGGAAAAUAUUCGUUCCGUUGAUGAGGCUAAAUUUUUAAUUGAAAAGCUUUGCACAAACUCAAUAAUUCAGGCAUGUGACGUUGGACUGGCUCAUACGAGACUCAAGGAGAAGGAGACACUAUUGACUGAAGUACAACAGGAUAGCAACAUACAACAACAAUUACUUCAACACGUGCUCGCACGUAAUCCUGCUAUUGCAUUAUCGGAAGUAACAAUUGCUUCAAACGGAACUAAUGAACGCCCGGUUGUGAAUGAUACAAGUACACAUUCCAGUAGAAGUCCAUCGCCCAUUAAUUCAGAAGUAAGUGAUCUUUCAACACGCAAAGUACGAAGACGUGUAGCUCCAAUGGUACAGGAAUUGCUAUUCGGAGAUUUAGCAAAUGGAAAUAAUGGUUUGGAUGAGAUGAGUAGGUCUUAUACGAUACAAGAUUCUGGUAGUAGCAUGAGAAGCUCAUUAAUUCCACUAGCUCGCGUUCCAAGUGCACCUGGUUCCUUAAAAGAUCAAAAUGAGGAUGCUGACAUACCGGCGACAAUGCCUGCAUCACCAAUUGUUUAUCGUCGUAAUAUUUCUCGAGAGGACGGCGAUGUAUUUUCGAGACUUGGAGCUGGAACUUUAGAUCCAACUCCUGGUGGAUCUAUACGUGAUUUUAAUGGACGGAUGAAAGUCGGAUCGCCAUUAAUUUGUACGCAUAUAGUCGAAGGACAUAAUAGUCAAGUACUUUCUAUUAAGGCAUCAGACACAACGUUGUUUACUGCUGCCGCCGAUAGAACAUGCAAAGUUUGGGAUUUAAGGCAGUCAAGUACAAUUCAUUGCCUCUCAGCACACCCUGGACCCGUCGUUAGCGUUGAAUACGAUAAAUCGUCAAAAGUUCUGUUUUCUGCCUCGGGCCCAUUCAUUCGAUCGUGGGACCUUCGCGAAUCCAAUAUCCGUCCCAUAAAGACAUUAUGUUCAUCCGGAAUUGCAUUGUCUGGCGCAGCAAGUCUCACAUCCAUUCCAACCGGUGAAAGUCCAAUAACCGCUUUAAAAAUGGGACCGUCAGGAACUUUAUACACUGCUGCGAGUGAUUCAAAAGUCCGUAUGUGGGAUUUGAGAAUGUUUUCGUGUAUAGGAAAAUUGGCAGGUGCUCAUCAAGCGGCUGUUAUGUGUAUUACAACAUGGGAUGGGCCAGGAAAUACAGACUAUGUAGCGACCGGUUCAAAAGAUCAUUACGUGAAGGUAUUUGAAGUUCCAUCUACAGCUGGAAAUAUAAUGCCGCUGCUAAAUCUCGAACCUCCACAUUAUGAUGGCGUACAAACAUUGGUGGUCUCACCUGGCGCUGUCGGUGUAGAUGGCGAAUUAUUCUCUGGAUCUCGUGAUACAUGCAUAAAAAGAUGGAAUUUAAGAAAUAGCGAACUAAAACAAUCAUUAAAUAACGCUCAUAAGGGUUGGGUAUCAGGAAUGACAAUAUAUUCCGACAUACUUUUAUCAACAUGUCGCGGCGGUUUAAUAAGAUUAUGGAGUUUAACAUGUGACGCUCUUGCUGAAAUGAAGACCGAAGCAUCGAUUAAUGACAUCACAUGUGCAUCAAAUAGAAUCUUUACGGCAUCAAAUUCGGGUGAAGUGCGCAUUUGGCGUUUGGCAAAUGAAAAAAUGCGACGCAGUGAAAACUAAUCAUGAAUGGCAAUACAAAUAAUAAUAAUUAAUUAUACCAAGAAACGAGCCGAAAAAUUCAACAUUUCUGCUAUAACUUUUUAAUAAAUUCUAUGUUUAAUGCUUGAAGCUAUUCGCUAAUUAUAAAAUAUAAAGUCUAUAACACUGUGCACGACUUCAUCAAUACUGCUGAGCUAAUAAGAAUCCAAUAUAUUGUCAAAUUAAGAGUACUUCAUGUGACGAGAAAGUGAGCAUAAAAACAAUUAUUCAAUGUGUAAUGUAUGGAAAUAUUGCCAGGAGAUGGACAUGAAAAGCAAUU